GACAUGUAGUCUCUGCAGUUAAUUUCCCUAGGUCCUUCGCGUUACUGUUUUGAGUCCCGCCUAGUCUCUGCUCCCUAAACCUUUACACAUGUCUUGGUUUAUUUGAAGACCAGGAAGUUGAUAGCUCCUGAGGCCGGCUGCGGAGAGACGGUGGCUCGAUUGGGACAGUCGCCAGGGAUGGCGGAACGUGAGGAUGGAGCAAGUGUCUGGGCUGCUCUCCUGGACGCUGAGCAGGGUCCUAUGGCUCUCAGGCUUUUCUGAGCAGGGAGCUGCCCGGCAGCCCCGAAUCAUGGAAGAGAAAGCGCUAGAAGUUUAUGAUUUGAUUCGAACUAUCCGGGACCCAGAAAAACCCAACACUUUAGAAGAACUGGAAGUGGUGACAGAGAGCUGUGUGGAGGUUCAAGAAAUAAAUGAAGAAGACUAUUUGGUUAUUAUCAAGUUCACACCAACGGUACCUCAUUGCUCUUUGGCAACUCUCAUUGGACUGUGCUUAAGAGUAAAACUUCAGCGGUGUCUGCCAUUCAAACACAAGUUGGAAAUCUACAUUUCUGAAGGAACUCACUCAACUGAAGAAGACAUCAACAAGCAGAUAAAUGACAAAGAGCGAGUGGCAGCUGCAAUGGAGAACCCCAACCUGCGGGAAAUCGUGGAGCAGUGUGUCCUGGAGCCAGACUGA